AUGAAUUACGAUUCUAAAAGGACAGAAGCAAACUAUUCUCCUUACUUUGAAUAGGUUACUCUGAACAAAUUAAGAAGAGAUGAAUACCAUAGUCAACAAAGAAUUCAUGAUAAUAGAAAAAACAAAUUAUUGUUACCUUCUAUAGAAAAUAGUACUCUCGAAGAUAUUUCACUGCAUUUCAGUAAGUGUGUUACUUCGAGUAAAUCUCCCGAGAAAAAAGUAGACAAACUUUAAGUUAACAAAUACUAAUUGGAAUUUAUCUAGCAGAGUUUUUUGGAAUUAGAAUAAACUAAAAUGUCAAUAACAAUGAGAGAUAUGAGCAAUAUGAGGAAUAAAUUUAAUUGUCAUCAAAGGGUAAUAGCAAAUAAAGAACAAUACACUGUCAGAAAUCUAGAGAGGCAAAUGGGCAGUAAUUUAGAAGAUUAUUCAAAUUUGAUGUACCUUUAAUAAAUGCCAGCUUAAACAAAAAACAAACAAGAAACUAACAUCUCUUUUUUUGAAGAGGCUUUAAAUGCUUAUUCAUAUGCAAUUCCUAGCAGAAGAGAGUCAGCACAAAUAGCUGUUAUCAGAGAUAAGGUUUAUGUUUUCGGAGGAAUGAGUGGGGCAGGUUUAAGCAGUGAUUUGUGGUCUUAUGAUAUAAAAAAAUAAGAAUGGCAGUUACAUCAAUCAGACAUCAAUUUGAAAGUUACGAAUCAUUCUAUGAUAGCCUGGAAACACAUGCUGAUUGUCUUUGGGGGAAGUGGCUAUUAUGACCAUAAGAUGAAAAUACGGUAAGUUUAUUCAACUCUUGCUUAUUUUAAUACUCAAAUCAAUCAAUGGUCAAUCACAUUAGAAUCUGUUGAACCCAGAAGAGAGCAUAAGGCUGCUUUGUAUAUGGGGAAAUAUAUGAUCAUAACAGGUGGUUUAGAUUCUGGUGAAUAAUUAUUAAAUGAUACACUGAUGUAUUCUUUGGAUUCCAGAAGGUGGUUAGGAUCUAAGAUAUAUUUUGAUGAGGGAAUAGCAUAGCAUGCCAUUUGUGAAGCCUUCGAUUUUAAGAGAAAUGUAGACACUAUUUAUUUGUUUGGUGGUAAAACUAAAUCUUUGGGUUCAUUUCCUUUGAUGAGGUUGGUUUUCUCUGGAUAAGCUCCGUAAAGUUGGGAGAGAGUCUAGGGAAUUGGAGUAGCUCCUUAAGGGAGGUAUAAUCAUACUAUGGCGUGUAUAAAUGAUAGUUUGAUUUUGAUUGGAGGUAGAUCAUAAGCAAUAUAGGAGUAUUAAAAUGAAAUUGUGUUAUUCAAUUUGAUUUUAAGUCAAUGGAUUCAAGUAAAGAGAUAAGGGUUAAUGACCAAAAGAUGGAGUCAUUGUAGUUGCGUGUUUGCCUCAAAUAUCUUUUGCUUUGGAGGCAUCGGAGAAGUGACUUAUCUUCCACCAGUAGUAUUCUCGAUUGAAACAGAUUAGUUCAAAAUAAAAAACAAGAUGGUAAUUAUCAAAAGAUUAUCAACCAUUGCUGAGGAUAUGAAGAAAUAGAAUACGGAAUAUCAAUAGAUUAAAAGAACUUGCAGAUUAGAAAAAUUUAGAAAAGCAGAAAAGUUGUAUGAAAAAGUAACAACGUUUUUGCCAUUACCAAAAAUGAAAACUCCAAAAAUGAGAUAUGAUAUUUGGAUGCAAUUUGUACGUAAAAUCUUACAUUCUUUGAAUUUAAUAUUUUGA